GCGAAAGGCUGAGAGCUAACAAGCAACGAGCAACGGCCAUCUCUCUCUCAGUACCAAAUUGACAAAUUUCCCAUCCAAAAGCCCUAAACCGCGAAAAUUUCAUCAAAUUGAAUUUUCCAUUUGACCGAUUAAUCAAUCUACUCUUCGUACUUGCUGAGCGAUGUCGUCGAAGCGUAAUAACAAGGAGAAGACCGUCCGCCGCCACCAUAAGGAGGAGAAGGCAGAAGAGCCGGAGCUGCCGAAAUACAGGGACCGAGCCAAAGAACGGAGAGAAGAUCAGAAUCCAGAUUACGAGAUUACCGAGUUGACGUCCUUUCAUGCCGUUGCUCCUCCGGGAACUGUUGAUAUCUUGUCUGCUGAUGCGCACAAGUUAUCUAUUGAGAAGAGCAAAUAUCUUGGAGGUGAUGUUGAGCACACCCAUUUGGUCAAAGGGUUGGAUUAUGCUUUGCUUAAUAAAGUGCGAAGUGAAAUAGAUAAAAAGCCUGAGGCCGGAGAAGAGAAUGAAGGGAAAUCUAAAGUACAAAAGGACGACCAACCUGUAGCUUUCCGCACUGCAACAGCAAAGUCAGUUUAUCAAUGGAUAGUCAAACCACAAACAGUCAUCAAGACAAAUGAAAUGUUCCUUCCUGGAAGAAUGGCUUUUAUUUUUAACAUGGAAAGUGGGUUCUCUCAUGACAUUCCAACAACUGUCCACAGAAGUAAAGCUGAUUGUCCUGUUCCGGAGGAAAUGGUUACCGUGAGUGUUGAUGGUUCAGUGCUAGAUCGAAUUGCUAAGAUCAUGUCAUAUCUUCGCCUUGGGUCAUCGGGGAAAGUUCUGAAAAAGAAGAAGAAAGACAAAGAUGGAAAAGGGAAAAAUUUAUCUGUUUCUAAUGGAUAUGAGGAAGAUGAAAGGAUUUUGAAAUCUGAUUCUCUGAAGAAUCAAAAUGAUGGAGAAUUCCUACCACCACCACCUCCCCCACCUCCCAGAAAGAACUAUCCUGACCCGAUAGAGAAGCUGGAAUCACCCAUUGUUAGGAAAGAAGAGGAAGAUAUUUUUGUGGGUGAUGGUGUAGACUAUACUAUUCCCAGUAAAGAUAUGAGCCAAAGCCCAAUUUCAGAGGAUAUGGAAGAAUCUCCUCGGAACAAAGAGAAACAAUCCUACUUUGCUGAACCUGCCUAUGGUCCAGUACCACCUGCUGAGUUGUCUCAUGGUUGGGAACAGGCGAAUGGAUACGAGGCUUUGCAAGCACAAGCAUUAGCUAGUGGGUACCAAGGAGAGUGGCAGAAUUACCAAUAUGCUGAGCAACUGGCUUACCCCGAGCAGUAUCUUCAGCAAGACAUGCAGGCUUAUGAUAUGCAAGCUCAAGCCGGUUCAAAUGUUGUACAGGAUCCACGUUUUAUGACUCAAGAAGAGAAGGAUAGGGGCUUAGGAUCCGUGUUUAAAAGGGAUGAUGAGAGACUUCAACAACUGCGUGAGAAGGAUGCCCGAGAGAAAGACCCUAAUUUUAUAUCUGAGAGUUACUCGGAAUGCUACCCUGGUUACCAAGAAUAUAACCGUGAGGUUGUGGACAGCGAUGAUGAAGGUGAUUUGUCCAAGAUGGACAUGGGCGGACGGGCAAAGGGGCGGCUUCACCGGUGGGACUUUGAAACAGAAGAGGAAUGGGCUAAAUACAACGAGCAGAAGGAAGCAAUGCCAAAAGCUGCGUUCCAAUUCGGUGUGAAGAUGCAAGAUGGUCGGAAGACCCGAAAGCAGAACAGGGAACAGAAGCUCACCAAUGACCUGCACAAGAUAAACAAGAUACUCGCUCGGAAGAAGGCUGAGAUGGGUGGCGACAAGAAUGAUGAUGGCAGGAGCUAUGGCGAUGAAACUCCUGGGAAGAAGCUAAGGAUAUGAUGCAACUACUUGUUACACAUAUAUUAACCAUUUUUUUUUUUACAUCCUAAGUUUUCUACUUGGAUUUGAAUUAUGAUUCACGGUUAUAAAUGAUGACUACGGCCACUUGCGGACUUGAUGAUAUCAUAUCAUAUAGCGUCAUCUAUUUUGAGAAGGUGAAUAGGUGAUAAAAGAAGUACUGAUUUGUGUAUUGAUGGUAGGAUGUAGUGUGUAAUGUUUAUUUGAUUUUAUUUCAUUUUAAAAUUCAGCGAUUAAUGUUUCUCAAAAUUAAGAUGAAACUUUCAUUUUUUUAGUUGGAAGAUGAAACUUGUUCACUGUGAUGCAAAGAAAUAAAAAUCCACCGACCUUUGAAUGCCGAAAUUUAGUAAUAAAAUAGUCACGAUUGAUAAUAAUGAAAAGCUUGAUAUAGAAGAUAACGACGAAAUAUUUUCACUGAGAAGGAAUUGGAGUUCUCUCUCAAAACUAAAUAAAAAAUAAAAAAUGAAGUAAUUGGAAGUUGGAAUGUGGAAAGGAAAAAGAAAAAGAAAAAGAACAAAACAAAAGACGUGUCUAUUGAGGUACUAGCCGAAAUAAAUAAAUAGAAAUGUUUUCUUGCGCAUCAUCCUCUUCUUCACAAACGCAAGCAUCAAAACCCAAACCCCCCUAAAUUGCCAAAUCCCAAUAAUUAGGGUUCGUUCAAUCUUUGCAGAUUCUCUUUUUAAUCAUCAAUCUCUUUUUAAUCAUCAAUUAAAUCACCAAAUCUUUUCUUUGUGCAGAUUCUUAUUGUUUCAAUCUAUUUUUCAGUCAUCGCUUUAACCUUGGAAUUCAAGGCUUCCAAAAUUCGUCGUUGUUUCGGUGUUAUUUUGUGUAUCUUUAUUGUCUGUUUACGGGGGCAUGAUUCAUGGCCUCAGAAGGGAAAGUUUCAUAUGCGUCCCUGUCUAAUAUGGAAAAGGAGAAUACCAAGUUUUCUUAUGUAGAUGAUUAUGAUGACACUCCUUGGCCACCACAAGAAGGCCAGAAUGCGGAGGUGUUGAAUCAGAAAGUGUCAUAUCCAUAUCCUCUCGAUUCUGAAGAUUUUAUGGAUGGAGGGUAUGACUCGGGCGAGGAUCAGUACCCACCUGUAUCAAGAAAUGGCCCACCUGAGGUGAACUUGAAAAAUGUUAUGAGUGGGAUAUUUGCCAUUCUUACUGGACGAAAUAAAGAUCAUUCUACCCUAAGAAAUCUCCCUCAGUUGCCAAGUUCUAAUGUAUCAUUCCUUGGAUCUCCAAAGGAUGGAGAAACAGUCUUGCAUGCUUCAGUUUACAUUCCGAGUGCUCCCCCACUUCUUGAGCAUAAUUCUUUUAAUUAUAAUGCUUACAAAGAUGUCCUGGAAGCUGAACCACCAGAAUGGCUUCCAGAUAGUGCGACAACAGCUUGCAUGCAAUGCAAUGCUCCCUUUACAGCUUUGACCCGUGGUAGACACCAUUGUCGCUUUUGUGGAGGAAUUUUUUGUAGGGUGUGCUCAAAAGGAAGGUGUUUAUUACCUGCUAAGUUUAGGGAAAGGAAUCCACAGAGGGUGUGUGACACUUGCUAUGAUAGGCUUGAUCCAUUGCAAGCUGUAUUGAUCAAUACCAUCAGCAAUGCUUCCCAGAUUGCAAAGCAUGAUGUGAUGGAUUGGACUUGCUCAAGAGGGUGGUUGAAUCUUCCGGUGGGUUUGUCCAUGGAGCAUGAAAUAUACAAGUCGACCAUUACGCUGAGGAGCUUUUCGCAGGUCCAAGUGUUAUUCAUUUAAAUGCUCUUAAGUUUCUAAGAGCAAUGUUGACUUGUUGCUUAUCUUGUUAUUCGAUCUUAACGAUAUGAAAGUAUGGAGGAGGUUUUCUUGGUUGAGUCUCAAAUUUUAGGGCUUUGGUCGAUAAAGCUUUUCUUAGAACUUCGGCCAUUUUGUAUGAGUGAAAAGUUAUUCCUCAUUAAAUGAAGCUACUACUAUCAUCUGUAGAUAGUGAAUUUUUAAAAAUUUACUUAACAGGUAGCUAGGUUGAACCCUGAGAAGUCCAUCCCUGCAGCUAUUUUGAAAGGAGCAAGAGGUUUGGCAAUCUUGACGGUUGCUAAAGCUGGUGUGUUACUUUCUUAUAAACUAGGGACUGGCUUGGUAGUUGCCCGACGAUCAGAUGGGUCAUGGUCGGCACCAUCUGCCAUUCUCUCUGCUGGUUUGGGAUGGGGAGCACAGGUAUGGUUGGAGGUUUCAGGAUCGGCAUCUUUAUUGCAUACUUUCUUUAUUUUGAUGAGCUCCAGACUUCCAUUCUCUUUGGAAUAGAACUUGUUCGUAUGCAUUCUUGAACAGACUAAUGUUUUCCACUGGAAUUGUUUAGCUAAGCCUGAACUUUUGUUUGUUAUUCACAGGUCGGGGGUGAGCUCAUGGAUUUCAUACUUGUGCUUCAUAACACCAAAGCUGUGAAAACAUUUUGCAGUCGCAUGCAUUUUUCUCUUGGUGCUGGUUGCAGUGCUGCUGCUGGACCAAUUGGGAGAGUUGUUGAGGCAGAUCUGCGAGCUGGAGAUAAAGGCUCCGGCAUGUGCUAUACUUACAGCUGUAGUAAAGGUAUGAUCUCUUGGUAUUUCUACCUGAAUGGUAGCUUAGCACCUUUAAAGGGUUAUUUGCACCUUGUUUCCUUUGAACUAAUCACCGCGUGCCUUAUUAAAAAGAAUAUCAGACUGAUAUUGUCACUUGUCACUUCUAAAUUUGUAUUUUGUGCUCAGUUGAAAGAAUAAGUAGAAUGUUGGCCAAAUGUGAUACGAUUAUGAAUGAACAAAUGCAUGACGUUGUCAGCAUAUUAUUUACAAGUAUGGCUAAUCCACUUUGCAAGUUUAACGGAUGAAAUAUCAUGAAUAUGACUUGAACAUAAAUUUUGAUUCCAGCCCAAGAUUAGAAGCUCGAUCGGAGAGAGUUAAAUAACAAAAUUUUAAGCAUUGUGGUGUGUGUAUUCUUUGUGCAAAUAUCAAUAUGUUAAGAAUCCAUUAAAGGAAUAACUCACCAUAUACAUCGAUGGGAAUGUCUCAGGUGCAUUUGUCGGAGUCUCGCUCGAAGGAAACAUUGUUGCAACAAGAAUGGACACGAAUCUUCAAUUCUACGGUGAUCCAUACCUAACUACAGCUGAUAUCCUUCUUGGAGCUGUGGAUAGGCCAAAGGCUGCUGAACCAUUGUAUGCUGCUCUCAGAGACCUUUACUCUAAAUUGUGAAGCUAGUUCUUGCAGGGGCCCGUUCGUGUAUAAAGGCUUUCAAGUAUAGUAAGUAUUGUAGUUGCUAGUGGGCAAUGCAGAUCUUCAAGGGGAAAGGAGCAGUCUGUGAACUAGUGACAUAAAUGCAAAUCUCAGAUGCUUAUGUUUUGUUCCUGUGCAUAUAAAAUGUUUUUCCUUGUCAUAAAAGCCUAGAAAGCUUCAUACACUUGUACAUAAAUGUAUACAUAAAUUGUUCAUUAUGAUACUAGUGCCAGAGAUUGGUUUCGAUCAAAA